UGGAUGGGUUAAGACGUGGGUUAGUGAUGGGAUCAUUGAUGACGAUGAUGGUAUUUGAUUCAUUGUUGAAUGUUCAGGAGGGAAUCGGGAGUGCUUGCGUUAUCUGGGGCAUUGUACUGCUUUAGCUUAGCGGUGUCGUGCAUGAAGUUCUGUGUAGCCUUGACAUUCAGCCAUCCUGCUGCAGGGUUUCAUUUAAAUUUGGGUUCUUUUAGACUUGGGCUCCCCUCACUCGGAGAAAAUGAGUUGGCAGAACUAUAUACCGGGACUUCUGAUCAGAAAACAAAAAUAUGUCUUUCAUCUAUUAACCAGAUCGAACCAACCACAGGCUUAUAUGCAGGUAAGGCAAAGAAGAAAAAGUGCAAUAAUGCAGAUUGUGAUCAAUCCAGAUUUGCAUUUGACACAGAUCUGUUGGAUCAAUGAGUUCGUUGGGUUGCAGAAAAGAAAAGUUUUUGGUUGUUUCUAUCACCAAUCAGGUAGUUUUUAUAGGUUUGAAAAUGUAGGUAAGUAAUAUAUCUAGAUUUGGCAAUUGAGACGAGGUAUCUUCAUCAUUUUCCUAUUUAUGCGAAUCUUUCAAACAUCUUUGGUCUCAUGUCAACUGCAUCCUUUGUGAAAUAUGACUCACCCCUCUGCAUUUCUAUAUUUAAAAUCAUUUAUUCUUUAAUA